CAAUUUGCUCCACGUGAUUGGAGUUCUUCUGUGUUUUACCAGUUGUCUCUUGUGAACCAAAGGAUGGAAGAUAAAUCUAUUACAAAGGAAUCACAAAGCCGCUACCCCGAAGAUUCAAAAUAUGGGGGUUGGAGAAAAGUUAGAUUCAAGCAUCACAGGCGUUCCACUUAUUCCGGAUAGGAAAGCAAGGGCUUUUGAAUGGAAGGUGGAAAAUUUCUUAUCCUUUAAGGGACUAAUGGAAACCCAAAAAAUAUUUAGUAAAUAUUUUCAAAUUGGUGAAUGUGAGUUUCGGAUAGGGUUUCGUAAGUCAUUGGAUGCCUUAUGUGCGUACAUGGAGUGCGAUCCGUCAGUUGUAAAUGAUCCUGAUAAAAAUUUUUGGGUCAGUUACUCGCUUACUCUGGUGAAUCAAAAGAGCCCUGACAGAAAUGUGUUGGCAAAGGCUUCUUUCUUUACAAGGAUUGGGAAUUCUUCUGUUGAAUUCAUGAAAGUAUCUGAUAUGCUUAAAGCACAUGGUGGAUUUCUUGUUCGCGAGACUGUUGUUUUUCUUGGGGAAAUCCUUGAUUGCUGCCCGUGGUUUGAGUUUUCUAGCCUUGAGGUUUUGGCUUGUGAUAAUGAUCAGGAUGCUUUGUUAACUGACCCUGUUAACAUUAUUAAUUCUAAAGACAAAGUUUUCAAUGGUGAUGUGAAAGAGUUCUUUGGAAUCCUGCUUGCAAGAGCAGGAUUCUGUCCUGGGGGUAGUUCCUUGCAGCCACAAUUCCCCACAGAAAUCCUUGUGGAUGCAGGUAGAAUAGAUACUUUUCUGAAAGACAUUAAUGCUUACCUUAAUGAUCCUUUGGGACCAAAGCAUUUUCUUCCUUCGACAUUGCCAUAUGGUAGUAAUGAUGGGAAGCAGCAAGCUACCACAGCUGAUGGAUCUUCUAUGACAUUAACAGAGGUAAAAUUGUGGCUUAAGGUCUUGCAGCAGGCAAUUGUUGAUGAGCUUUUAGAUAUUAUGGUUGACUGUUGCCAACCUUCAGACAGAAAAUCAAAUGAUCCUUGUAAUGGCAAUGAAGCUAUGAAUCAAUCUGAAUAUAAUGGGGAAAAUGGAGUGGCAGAUUGUGUUCAAUCCCCCAUAUUUGCUAGAGUGGGGUCACGGAUGGAUGAAACUAUCAACUCAUAUACAGAAAAAUGCUUCGACAUGAUUACAACUGAUUUACCUGAAGAGGCUACUCCUGGACUUGCAAUUUCUUCUCCAGAAAUGACUGCUGAUGUGCCUGUGGUCUUCUGUUGUAUUAAAAAUUCUAAGAUUAAAAGGUCAGAGCAGGCUGAGGAUAUCUUAGGACUAAUUUUUAACUAUCUGAAGGCUUGCCCUGAUCCACAAGGUUGUCCAGAGGUAACACAAAGGCCUCAAUCUGCACAAAAUAUCUCAUUCAUACUCAAUGAAGCUCCUAGGCAUCUGCUACCAGACUUGGUUACUUUGGUACCCAAACUAGUUGAUCAUUCAAAACUUCCUGUAGCUGCUUGUAUGUUGUUAGAUCAGCUUAAAAAACCAAAUGUAGAGCCUGCUCUGCAUCCACUUGUUUUGGAUGCUGUUAGCCAGAUGGAUUUUGGCAAUGAAGUGUGGGAACAAGUAAUUUUGAAGGCUUUGGAAUUGUUGAUGAAUUCAAAUGAUGAAUCACUUGACAGGACUAUUAGCUUUUUAUUCAAAGCUGCAUCUCAGUGCGGGCAUAUUACUCUUGUGGUUCAAGUUGUUCAAGUCAGUCUCCGACGUUUUGGGGAUCAUAUAUCACCUCGUGCUCUGGAUUAUCUAUGCAAAACUGUAAAUAAUUGCAGUGAUAUUGCAAUCACCAUGCUAAAAAAAAUUAAUUUUGCAUUUGGACUAAAUGAUAAAUGCUUGAAAAACUGUAGUUUUCCUCUCUGGUAUGGUGAAAAUGAAAUGUUGUCCAAAAGGAUGAAUUUGGAGGAUGAGCAGCAGCUUCAUGCGAAUUGCCAUUUUUCUGAUAUCUACAUUUUGAUUGAGAUGUUAUCAAUCCCUUCCCUCGCUGUUGAAGCUUCCCAGACUUUUGAGAAAGCUUUUGCUCAAGGAUUAAUUGACGAACAUUUAAUGGAAAUGGUUUUGGCCAGACGCCAAGCUCAACUAUUAACUGUUGAUUAUAUGUCUUUUUCUGAAAAAUAUUCUCAUAAAGAUAUAGUUGUGGAGGGGAAAGUGAAGUCAGUGCCAGUGGAAGAAGUUGAUUCCACCUUGGUUCUUGGUCUUGCUGAAAAGUUCGCUUUCUCUGAUGACCCCAAUGUGCAUGAAUCUGGGAUAAUGCUUUAUGCUAUGCUGUACAAAUUGUUCUCUGGUGAGGAUUAUCGGAGGAGGAUGCUGAAAGGACUAGUAGACCGUGCCACCAGUCUGACAGAAAAUAAUUUUGAAGUAGAUACUGUGUUGGAUAUUUUGGUUUCCUUGGUUAAUACGGGGCAAGUAGUUGCAGAAGUAGUUCUUCAGAUGAUGAGAGAGGUUGUUGAGCAGGCAAAUGUUGAUUGUGCAACUUAUAGGCAUCAGCUACGUGCUAGUGAGGAUGAGAAAAUUCAUAUCAGGGAAGAAAAAUUAGCUGAACUUUCAAACAUAGUUAGAGAGACAGCUAUUUUGUUUGAAAGGAUAAGUGAUUCUGAAAUUUCUAUCGAUCUUUUGAAGUCUGAAAUGGUGCAUAAGAUGGAACAUUUUGCUUUGGAAAGGACAGAAAUUCUUGAACAAUUGCAAGAAGUUGAGAAUCAACUUGGACGGCUUUACUCAAAAUCGGAUGGUGUAAUUGCAAAGCUUUCAAAUGAGAAGAAAAAUUAUGAGGAUCGUCUUAAUGACUUGGAGACACAACUUUCACAGUUGAAGUCCCAGACAUCUGAUGAGCUAAAGAUAGCAGUCACAGAGAAGAAUGCUCUUUCUGCUAUGUUAGAAAGUGUAGAAUCUGGAACGAGAAGAUUCGAUGAAGAGUUGAAAUGUUAUGCUGCAAAUGCCCAAAUUCUGGUGGAAGCACAAAAUUCACUUGAAGGUGAAGUUGAGCAGUUGAAGGAAAAACAUGAACAAAUUGAAAGUGAGAAGAGGGAGAAGCAAGAACUUGUUAUGAAGUAUACAACUCAUAUUCAUAAUCUGGACGCAUCAUUGAAUUCCUACCAGCAACGUAUUCAGGCUCUUGAGGCUGAACUUGAGGUGGAGAAGUCGCAGCAUGCGCCUCUUUAUGGUUACGGCUUAGAAGCUCUGUCAGCGAAGGAAUUAGAGACAGUAUCACGCAUCCAUGUAGAAGGACUUAGAGAUAUCCAUGCUUUUAUACAGCGGAGAUAUGGAAUAGGCAGCUCUUCCAUAAACCCUAACACCCAUCCGAACCCCCUCAUGGUGUGCCCUACAGCCACAACUCCCAUGGCUGUUGGAUUGCCUUAUUUACCAACUUCAAACGGCAGUCAAAUCCAUGAUAUUGGGGGUAUUGUUUCACAGUGGGAUCCUGGUUCAUGUGCAAGAAAAUUCUUUCGCCAUGAUCACCGUGAUCCUUGAUUUAUAAAAAUUUAAAACUGAGCUCAUUUACUUAACUGGCCUUCUUAAGCCUGUACAAAAUCUGGGUGUUGUGUUUGUAAUCUGUGUUAUUACACUGAUGGAAAAGUGCCAGUACGUGUCAAAUAUACAAAAUGAAGGUACAGAAAAUAGAAUAAAGGGAGUUUGAUGGCCAUAGCGAAUUUGCAGAUCUUGUUUUUGUUAGGUUUUGUUCGGUCUUUCUGCGUACAGUAAUAUUUGUUUGAAAUCGACCAGGUAACUGUGAAUAGUUACAUUCUUUCUGUUUGCUACCUUCAC